AUGGCGCCCGCGCUGAAGGGCCGCCGCAGCCCACUCACAUUGGAGCUUUCGGCAAACAGCUCCACGCAGGAUCAGAACAAGACACUGAAGAUUGGGAUCCAGGGCAAAGGGUGUUCGGGCAACGCAUACACGCUAUCGUGGGUAGACCAGGCCAAAAAAUUCGACGAGAAAGUGACGCAGGACGGUGUCACCGUGCUCAUUGACUCGAAGGCGCUUUUGACGCUUAUUGGUACCGAAAUGGACUGGUUCGAGGGCAAGCUGGCAAGCCAGUUUGUGUUCAACAACCCGAAUGUCAAGGCGGCGUGCGGAUGCGGUGAGAGUUUCCUGGUGUGA